AUGAUACCGAAGCUUAAAUCGAGAACGGUAAAGAUAAUGUUUACAGGUUUAGUGGAGCAUAUUGGUACCGUUUUACAAGUCACGGAGAAGGACACGACCGCCUCUGGUGGUGACGGGGUUUCAAUGGUGAUAGGUGAUUGCCUGAAGAUUUUGGAAGAUGUACAAUUGGGAGAUUCAAUUUGCACGAAUGGAGUAUGUUUAACAGUUACGGAAUUUGAUAUGGCUCGGUCUCAAUUUAAAGUGGGAAUAUCCCCUGAAACCCUUCGUCGGUCUGACUUGGGCGAGUUAAAACCGGGAUCAAAGGUGAAUCUUGAGCGAGCAGUAAAGGCUGAUGUACGCAUGGGUGGCCAUGUAGUACAAGGACAUGUUGAUACUAUUGCAACAAUUGUGAACCGUCGUGGUGAUGGAAAUGCUAUUAACUUUACGUUCAAGCUCAGAGACAGCCAGUACGGAAAAUACAUAGUGGAAAAGGGAUUUAUUGCCAUUGAUGGUACCUCGCUUACGGUAACAGAUGUUGAUCAUGAGCAGUCUGAGUUUUCCAUUCUGAUGGUGAGCUAUACCCAGGAGAAAGUCAUCAUGCCAUUGAAGAAUAGUGGAGACUCUGUGAACAUAGAAGUUGAUCUAACUGGAAAGUUGAUCGAGAAGCAAAUCGAGCUUAGUCUUCUUAGUUAUAUUAAGGAUGAGACUAGUCCCUUGUCUACGCUUAUUGGCAAGCUCGUGGAGAAAAAAGUGGACGACGUAUUGAAGAGAAAUUAG